AGUACUUGGUUACGGGUUGUCUGUGAAAGCUGAAAAUACUUUGCAGGUAGAUUUAUUUAUAUACAGAAAAAUAUGGCAGAACAAGAAGAACAGAAGAAAGAACCAGAAUCAAAGAGAGUUCACACAUACCCGUUAAUUCGACACUCAGACAUGAAUGACGAAAUGAAAACAGAGGCAAUGGAAUUGUGUGUAACAGCAUGUGAAAAAUUUGCAUCAAACAAUGAGAAUGCAGCACGUAUGAUAAAGGAGACAAUGGAUAAAAAGUUUGGUGCUUCUUGGCAUGCAGUUGUUGGAGAAGGAUAUGGUUUUGAAAUCACACAUGAAGUGAAAAACUUACUAUAUAUGUUUUUUGGAGGAAAUAUGGCCAUUAUUGUUUGGAAGUGUUCCUGAAAAGCAGAUGCCUUACUUUAUUAUUUCAUUGUCAUUUUGACUUUCCAAUAUAUUUUAAUAAGCAGCAAUAUUUCUGCCAACAACAUAACAAAUGACAGCGACAAACAAAAGUCUGUGAUAUAAAAACAUCUCUGGAAAUUAAAAGAGACCAAGCUGCACAUUCAGUUACCUUUAUGCCUUCUUUCUUUUCUUUAUUUUGUUGCCUUCAAUUCCAUUAUUUUUUAUUUACUACUUCCACCAUAUUGUGCAUUUAAGCGUGUUGCUGUAGUGCCAAUUAUUACUACAAUAUGUUAACUUUAUUUUAGGAUAUGUGAAUGAAUAAUAUUUUCCUUACUGAUUGUUUUUUUUUAAAUUCACCCAAUUUUAAAAAAAAUGUAAAAUGCAUGCAAGUCUGCUUGUCCAGAUUUUUUUUAUAUACAACUU